AUGGAGGGGCCGAAUGUUAAAGAGUCCCCAGGGUGUGCAGGCUGCUUGAAUGAUAUCGGUGACGACGACUACGUGUCCGCACUCAACCAAGACUGGCAUAAAGACUGCUUUCGGUGUUCAGCUUGCGAUGCCCUGCUGUCAACGUGGUACUUCGAGAAGGCGGGUCUGCUGUUCUGUCAGAACGACUACUGGGCACGGUAUGGAGAGAGCUGCCAGCAAUGUGCACAGGUGAUAACGGGUCCGGUGAUGGCGGCGGGCGAGCACCGCUUCCACCCGGAGUGCUUCGCCUGCGUCGCGUGCGGCGCGCACAUUGAGGACGGCGAGCCGUACGCACUGCUUGAGCGGUCCAACUUAUACUGUGGUGCUUGCUACGGCAGUACAGUGCGGUCGGUGUCGCACUCCAUCCGUGUGGUGGAGGUGCCUCCCUCUUCCGUCCGGGUCGCACACACCCCGCCCGCCACUAUCACUGUCAAAGAAAUCGAUUCGUCAUGUGGUGUGUUGACAUUACACAUCGGAGACAGGAUCCUCGAGAUCAACGGUACUCCGGUCAAGAACCGGCCUCUGGAUGAAAUCGAGAGGGCCUUAGGACGACCGGACACAGUUAUACAGCUAACAAUAGAACACACAGCAGACACAAACACGAAACGCACACAGACAAACACACAAACACACGCACACACAGUUGAACACAAGACACAUGACAAACAAACAAACACCAAAGAAGACUGCAAGCAAAGACAAUCCAUAGAGGUAGAGAAGAAAGAAGAGGGAAAGAAAGAAAGGUUGUUCAAGAGGAAAGGGGGAGAGGAUGCGGGGAGGUGGGUACACAAGAGGAGACAGACUCCUUCCUCUCCACUGCUCGGGGACAAGGAGAAGAGUAGCAGCAUGUCCAAGCUGCUGGAUGCUGUGGACGGUGACGAGCCGAGUGGUGUACUGAAUGACCUGGCCAGGGCGCGGUCGUUCCGCGCGGAGCCCGAACCCGGACAAAAAGUGUUCCGAGCCAGCGACUUAUUGCAGGGCGAGCUGCUCGGUUCAGGUUUCUUCGGCGAGGUGUACAAGGUGACGCACCGCGACACCAACGAGGUCAUGGUACUCAAACAACUGUACAGGGUCGACGAGGACGCGCAGAGGAACUUCCUCAAGGAGGUGGCAGUCCUUCGUUCCCUGAAGCACCGCAACGUGUUACGGUUCGUGGGCGUCCUGUACAAGGACAAGCGACUCCAUCUUGUUACUGAGUACGUGCCCGGGGGGACUCUGUACCAACUAUUGCAGGACAGUUCGGUCCCCCUGAGCUGGGAGGUCCGCGGCCGCCUGGCGCGGGACGUGGCGGCCGGGCUCGGGUACCUUCACAGGAGGAACGUCAUACACAGGGACCUCAACUCGCACAACUGUCUCGUCAGGGAGGACAAGACAGUGAUAGUGGCGGACUUCGGUCUAGCGCGCAUAGUACAGCGGACCGCCAACACUGGCAGCCCGGGGGGCCCGCCGCGGACUGGGACGCUGAGGCGGAAGCGGUAUACGGUGGUCGGCAACCCGUACUGGAUGGCGCCGGAGAUGAUGAACGGGAACGUGUAUGAUGAGAAGGUGGACGUCUUCUCCUUUGGGAUCAUACUCUGCGAGAUAAUAGGUCGCGUGUCAGCAGACCCGGACUUCCUCCCUCGUCGCUCGGACUUCGGUCUCAACGAGCCGCUGUUUAUUGAAAAGUUCUGUCGCAGCUCGCACUGCCCCGAGCCGUUCUAUAGGAUCGCGUUCCUUGCGUGCCAUCUGGAUCCGGAUAUCAGGCCUCCCUUCGACGUGCUGGAGGAGUGGCUGGAGACGCUAGUGAGCGAGCUGGGCGCGGCCAGUAGUCCCCCGCAGCUGCUGCAGCGGGUGGCGCGGUACGUGCGCCACUGCGGGCCGCUCGCCGCCGACACCGCACUCAGUAAGGACAGCUGCAAGUCACAGAGCAAGGCGGACAGCGGAGAUCCCAACGUACCUGAUGUAGGAGUACUCAAGUCGACGUCCAACGCGACCCUCGUAGUCCCGGAGCGCGGGUGGCGGCUCGGUAAGUGCGUGUCGGCGUCCCACAUAGUGGGCGGCGCGGGCCGGCCGGCGGGCGGCGGGCUGGCGGCGGGCGGCGCGCCGCGGCCCGCGCUGUGUCGCAGCCAGGGCUCGCUGCACACCGCCGGGUACAUACUGCACGCGCACGGGAACACUAUCAACAUCACCAAGGUUGAUGACAUUACCAAAUGGUUGGACCCACCACCCCUCAAGCGAACGUCCCCAGACUCCCACCUCAACAGACUACAGGAACACAAGGCCAGGAAGGUGGAACAACCAGACGACUACCACGAACAUCUCCCCGCGUUCCUCCGCAACCAGUCUGUCGAGGAACUAGAAUCACACUACAAACUAGAGGUAAAUCCCCCAUUACCCUUCUGCAGACACAUCAGUAUCCCCAACAGUUCCACCGUCCCCAACAACGAGGACUCGGACUCCUCAGACGAUGAUGACCAGAUCAGUACUUGGGAACGAAACGUCAAGAUCUUUGACCAGAUGGAGGUAGACCCCAAAAACGUCAUCGCCAACCUCGUGAAGAAAGGAGAGACCUUGCUCUCGAAGAAAGCGAGCUAUGACGUAACUGAUGUUGUAUUGAGGAACCCUGAGUGCAUGACUCACGAACGGAAGAUACCUGAAGUGGAUUACCGAAGAUAUAACAUUGACUAUCUCACUAAAAGCCCUAUAAUGGCGCAGGGAGUCAAGAAUAUACCUAAAGCGGUCGAGAAAGACAAGCCGCAGGAAAAGUCGGGGUUCUUCCCUAAGAAGUUGCUGUCACCAAAGUUUAGUAGACUGUUUAAACCGAACACUGCCGAGGUGGUGCGGCACAAGGACGUGGAGGACAAAGACAAAUCCAGGAGCAAGUUCUUCGUACAAAGACCAGCUUCUCCUAGCAACAUCGGCAGGUCACAUAGAAUCAGACCGUCAGACACUGACAAACCGAUGCUAAACAAAGAUGUUCUAAAGUCUGACAUUAAACUAGCCAGCAUGGGCAAACCAAUGACACCAAUUUUCCGACGACAUUUGGGCGAGAAACCAGACUUCGCAGACGGGAGGUUCAGCUACAGGGACCGGAGAUCGAAACCUAACGACGACUCGAAGUUCAUAGAGUUAGGACGCAAUAGGAUAAAAACCCCGCUUAGUACUUUAGAAAGCACGAAAUUGACCCCAUUGAUACGUAGUUCCCAUAUAAAUAAUAUCGCGGCGUUGACUACAGUGCCUGAAAAGAAAAUUGUCGAUAAAAAAAAAUGUGAUGACUUGCCUAAGCGUCGGGAGCCAGGGAUUUCACGUAGUAAUUACGUCAGUCUUGCCAACUUAAAGAUCAAUGGUAAAGGCAAAGACGUUGAUGAGAAAUGUAGACAAAGAGACAAUGAAGACUCCCCGGUGGAGCGAGUCAUGUAG